UGGAACAUGUGACCUCCCAGGUGGAGUUCUACCAGCGCACGGACCAGCCCCAGCAGGAGUCUGGGGAGUUCAUGGCUGAGUUCGACCAGGACGAGAUCCUGCACGUGGACCUGGCCAGGACGGAGACCGUCUGGCGCCUGCCUGAAUUCACCAAGUUCGCCAGCUUUGAGGCGCAGGGCGGCCUGCAAAACAUCGCGACAGACAAAUACAACCUGGACAUCAUGAUCAAGAGAUCCAACUACACGCGGGCCCAGAACGUGCCCCCAGAGGUGACCGUGUUCCACGAGGACCCCGUGGAGCUGGGGGAGCCCAACGUCCUGAUCUGCUUGGCCGACAAGUUCUCCCCGCCCGCGCUCAGCGUGACGUGGCUGAGGAACGGGCAGGAGGUGGCCGAGGGCGUCUACGAGACCGACUUCUACCCCCGCCCGGACCACGCCUUCCGCAAGUUCUCCUACCUGCCCUUCCUGCCCCGCCAGGGCGACUACUACGACUGCCGGGUGCAGCACCAGGGGCUGGCCCAGAACUUCACCAAGCACUGGGGUGAGAGCGGGGAGACCUGUGGGAUCACAGUCAUUGGCUGGGGGUUGUCUCCCUGUGUGCUGAUUGUGCCAAUGACACCCACUGUCCUGCCCUCUGGAGCUCCCCAUCACGCUGUCCUGCUGCACCAGACCCUCUGGUCUCCCAUAGACAAGGCCCAGAGCUGGGGUUACAGCCCCCAGCAGAACAACACGGACACUGGAGGAGUUCAACUCCAGAUCCAAGGGCUCAGCUCCCAGGAAACCGGCCCCCAAAAGGGACCCAAAUAA